CUUAUUUCUACUUUAAUUCUUCUCCGUUACACUUUUUCCUCUUUUCUUUCUACUCAUUCGCAGAUAGCUUGCAAUAUGAAGCUGUGGUUCCCGGCCGUCACCGCAUUUUCAUUUUUGUUCCAAUUGACAAAUGCUGCCAGUGUGACAAGUAGAAGCGCUGGUGUUUGUGCUGCUGUUCAACGAAAAGUUUUCUGUUACGGCGGUUACGAUAUUUACGGGAACAUCACGUCCGAUACAUGGUCGAUCGACGCAUCAACCGACUUUGCCCUCUCAGGACCGUCAUGGACUAAUAUCACCGAUAACAAUUUCGUAACAACGGCGACCGGUUAUGGUGUAGGCGUCGCUCUGAACGACGGUGUAUCUUUCCUCGUCAACGGUGGCUUGAGUAAUCCAACAAACACUACUGAGACCAACCAAACCACCGUUUUGAAUACCGCCACAAAUACCUGGACUGCUAUCAACAGUAGUCUAAUCACUCAAACUCGUCAGCAUACAGCCGUUGUUGAUGCCAAUGGAAAAGUUUGGCUUUGGGGUGGUGUUAGUGACUACAAAACUGGUAACCUGAACACUUCUUACUGGGGUGCUUUUACUACAUUGAAUCCUGUGACUUGGGAAUGGGGUGGUCCUGACUCAGGUAAUAGUGGUCCAAACGCUCGAGUAGGCCAUACAAUGACCAUCACACCAUCUGGAAAAAUCAUCAUCAUUGGUGGUCUGGUUGCCACUAAGUCGUCCACUUUGGAUGCUCAAGGUUAUAUGCAAUGGACCUUGUCUGGUGCCUCCUCAAGCGAUGUCCCCCAAUACGAUACUGGCAACGGUUUAUGGAACUUGGUCACGGCAACUGGAUCGAUUCCAGCGUCACGAACCCUACAUUCUGCUACCCUCGCCGCUGAUGGAACCUCUAUCAUUGUGUUUGGAGGAGCAACAGACGACCUUAAUUCAGUGUAUGGCGACUUGCAUAUCUUUGACACCGUCUCAAAUGCCUGGACCGUCCUAAAUAUUUCCAAUGGACCCAACCCUCGAGCUGCUCACAAUGCUGUGCAAAUAAAUACGACAAUGUUUGUCAUGUUUGGCUGGGAUUUUACAUUUGCACCUUUGUCAGACAUACAUGCGUUGGAUACUGUCAACUGGAGAUGGGUUUCUGAAUACAGUGCUUCAGGCUAUCCACUUUUGAGUGCCAACACUACCACUAACACCACUAACACCACAAGCCCUGAUUCGAACAACAACUCAAGUUCCAAGAGCUCUCAAAACUCUGGUAGCUUAUCUACUGGUGCCAUUGCUGGCAUUGCUGUCGGUGCAGUCGUUGUUGUGAUCGGUGUUGGUGCAUUCUUAGUAUUCUACUUCCGCCGUAAGAACAAGAAAAGCCCUCUGCAAAUGGAACCUGCCACAGGAAACUAUGGACAGCCGCCACCUAUGCAAGAAAAGCCACUACCUCCACAACAUCAAUACUCUAACCAGCCUGAAGAGAUUAUAUUCAACGACGGCAGUAGAUCUGACGCCAAAGACUCAUACUACGCUCAGAGCACUUCACAGCAGCACCACAACUCCUUUAUUGGCUCACAAGGAUAUACAGCUUCUUCUGAGCAAGCUGAAGACACUCCACCAUAUAGCGCUGGUUUGAGAUCACCUAAUACUUAUGACACCAUUACCACCAGCAAGCCUGAUGCCCAUGAUGUACCUCACUUUACACUCCAACCUAGCAAGCCUAAUGAGGACGACUAAACACAAUUUGUGUCUUGUACCCCACGUUUUCAAAUUGGCUGAUAAUUUUUUCAUGGCGAUGUAGUUAUUGACUUCUAACUCUCUUCCGAUCCUUUGCAAUAUUAUUGUAAAAGCAUAUACCGUUUUAUAUUUAACAUAUAGUGGGACUUUUUGAGAUCAAAUAUUCGUUCUCGCAUGGCAAUAAAAAGCACUAUUUAUAUAUGUAGUGUUCACCAUGGGUACAAC